AUGUCGCUUAUCGUUGCCCUAGAGGCGAAACGCCGGCAGUUCUCUGGCCUGCAAUACUCUGGCCUCCAUUUCUUUGGCCUGCAUUUCUCACCCUGCCUGAAGAACCUCCCUCUUGCUCUCAGGCACCCUCUCUCAGCAACCUCCGAGCCUCGAGUUGCGAUGACUACCGAAGAAGCGCCCUGCGCUGCGCCGGCAAGCAACGAGCCCCCACGGGUUGUCGCCACCCAAAACAACACCAGCAGUUAUCACGUCCUGCGCGGCGAUGUGGACGACGUCGCCUUGACCGGCUUCAACUCGGCCGGCAAGGCCAGCUUUCUGGCGCAGGUCCGCUUCGACGACUCGCCCCGCCUUCCCGCACGCCGACCCCGAGGAAUGAUCGUUGUGUCUGGUUAUCGCUACUGGUAUCAGCGUAUCGCUACGGUCAUCGGCCCUCACCCCCUGGCCAAGGCCUUUGACGAGUGCCCCCCGGGUCACGAGCGGACCAUUCGCCAACACAUGGAGAGCCUCGUCAAGGGCGACAAGCCCUCGGCGAUCCACGUCCUCCGCUACGGCUUCGUGAGCACGGGGCCCGAGGGGCAGUAUCCGACCCUCCAGCUCGCGUUGAGAUCUGGCAAGACCACUGUCGAUCGCGCGGUUGAGCUCGCCACAGAGGCCGCGGACUACCUAUACCAAUUCAAGCAGUUUCAAGAUGUGGCUGUUGAGGUUGUCGAAGCCAAGAUUAUGUUUGCAGCACAACGACAAAUAGAUCUUGAAUAUCCCUGGGAGGACGGAUGUAACUUCCGGCACUUCCGUCCCUCGCCUGCCUCUGGAUGUUCACUUGGCGCGCAGGACCGAUCAAUCGGCAUUGGCACACUUGGCCCAAUGCUCCGUGUUCGGCUUAUCCCCAAGGUUGACGUUGCUGGAAAAGGUGUCAUUGGAAAGGUCGUGGAGACUGGAUUGACCUGCUGUCAUGUCGUUUCAAAGAACAUUCAUCCAACUUUCCCGGAUCCUGAUCACAACGUACGCGUCGACUGUCCAGCUCCAGGUCAUUGCAAGCGGUGGGAGAGAUACCUGCUUGACGACGAGAAGCAGCCGAAGGACCAAUACUGGCUCAGAAAGACGCUGACUAGAUUGCAAGCCAAGGAGGCAACUCCUACUGGCUUGAAUCAAUAUGAGAAGACGAUGCUCGCUAAGAUCCAAGGAGCCGAGCAAGCGAUAGCAGAGGCAGCAGAGAUACUUGGAACCUUUGAUGCAAGCCUUGGAACUGUCUAG